UGGAGAUGAAAUGUGGAUAUGCUAAAGUUAGAAGGUUGUUCCUCUCCUCAGGGUUGCAGCAGAGGUAUCCAUAACAGAGAGAAGUUAGAAGGUUGUUUCUCUCCUCAGGGCCGCAGCAGAGGUAUCCAUAACAGAGAGAAGUUAGAAGGUUGUUUCUCUCCUCAGGGCCGCAGCAGAGGUAUCCAUAACAGAGAGAAGUUAGAAGGUUGUUUCUCUCCUCAGGGCCGCAGCAGAGGUAUCCAUAACAGAGAGAAGUUAGAAGGUUGUUUCUCUCCUCAGGGCCGCAGCAGAGGUAUCCAUAACAGAGAGAAGUUAGAAGGUUGUUUCUCUCCUCAGGACUGCAGCAGAGGUAUCCAUAACAGAGAGAAGUUCGAAGGUUGUUUCUCUCCUCAGGGUUGCAGCAGAGGUAUCCAUAACAGAGAGAAGUUAGAAGGUUGUUUCUCUCCUCAGGGCCGCAGCAGAGGUAUCCAUAACAGAGAGAAGUUAGAAGGUUGUUUCUCUCCUCAGGACUGCAGCAGAGGUAUCCAUAACAGAGAGAAGUUAGAAGGUUGUUUCUCUCCUCAGGGCCGCAGCAGAGGUAUCCAUAACAGAGAGAAGUUAGAAGGUUGUUUCUCUCCUCAGGACUGCAGCAGAGGUAUCCAUAACAGAGAGAAGUUAGAAGGUUGUUUCUCUCCUCAGGGCCGCAGCAGAGGUAUCCAUAACAGAGAGAAGUUAGAAGGUUGUUUCUCUCCUCAGGGUUGCAGCAGAGGUAUCCAUAACAGAGAGAAGUUAGAAGGUUGUUUCUCUCCUCAGGACUGCAGCAGAGGUAUCCAUAACAGAGAGAAGUUAGAAGGUUGUUUCUCUCCUCAGGGCCGCAGCAGAGGUAUCCAUAACAGAGAGAAGCCUGCGGAGCCGAUCAGGCCAGAAGUGAAGAACUCGGAGGGGAGGAGAGAGAAUGGAGCUAAAGCCUCGGGGUGACCCCUGUGUCAUCCAGGCUCCUAAACCACUGGAGCUGAUACAUAGACCGAGGUUCUGGAGAAACUCCAGCUGGCAGAGAGCAGGCAGCUUGAGAACACAGGUAGGCUGCUGUAAUAAUGGACUUUUUAACCUGGUUCUGAUAGGAUUGAGAGGUGGGUAGGCUCUCUCUCUCUCUAUCUCGGACGGGAGGAUGUGAAUAUUGGCACAUCCUGUAAGAAUGGAGGCUGCUCCAAGGUAGAGUACUACUCCUGUUCAUAGAUGUUUAGAGGAGUUUGAUGAUCUUUUUAGUGUGAUCUGUUGUUUAUGGUGUGUAUCCUGGUUUCUCUCGGUUGCAGUCUUUCUCUGGUCCAGGGAGUAACGAGGAGAAGUGUAAACAACCACCCUGCCAACUUCCAUGAGGGGUGAGACCCAAAAACACUUGAUAUUCUGAUGCUAAUAUGUCCUCCUCCUGUCUAGUUUGUCUGGAUAGAUGUGUUGUUGGCCUCUGUUCUGUCCCCUGUCUGUCAGGAUGAAGUUCUGGAGCUGCUGUAGGAGGAAGACAUCAGUCUUUUAACUGUUUCCUGGCCCAGGAGGGCUGCACCACAGGAGGUCACCUCUGGAGGACACCAGAUAAGGUGAUAUACUGGAGCCAAUCACCUGGGCCCAUCUGGACCUUCCCUCUCCCACAGACACGCACACUGAGAGGGGGAAGGAGAAUGGAAAAUGGAAUGCAUAGAACCAGACAGAGAAUGAAAUCUAGCACACGGUACAUGCUGCUCCCAUAUGUUUGAAUGAACCUGUACCCUGUUGAUGGUAGGCUGAUAGCAGUAUGUAUGUCGUAUGUACGCAGGCUUUCUAUAUUUAGCUGUAGAAUUACACUGGGCACUAAUGACACCGAUGACAUUCUACUCCGAAUGCAGAGACUAAACUUCACUGCAUUGAAACACUGUCUGAAGGCAAUAACCAUCAGGUCUUCCUACUACCUCUAUCUUCUCACUGAAAAGAGAUCCAGGCAGCUAUCACCAUAGAAACCCUCAUCUGGAUCUGUAACUAAUGGAUCGGGAUCUGUAACUAAUGGAUCAGGAUCUGUAACUAAUGGAUCAGGAUCUGUAACUGCAACUAAUGGAUCAGGAUCUGUAACUAAUGGAUCGGGAUCUGUAACUAAUGGAUCUGGAUCUGUAACUAAUGGAUCAGGAUCUGUAACUAAUGGAUCUGGAUCUGUAACUAAUGGAUCAGGAUCUGUAACUAAUGGAUCAGGAUCUGUAACUAAUGGAUCUGGAUCUGUAACUAAUGGACCAGGAUCUGUAACUAAUGGAUCAGGAUCUGUAACUAAUGGAUCUGGAUCUGUAACUAAUGGAUCAGGAUCUGUAACUAAUGGAUCUGGAUCUGUAACUAAUGGAUCUGGAUCUGUAACUAAUGGAUCCGGAUCUGUAACUAAUGGAUCUGGAUCUGUAACUAAUGGAUCAGGAUCUAUAACGAAUGAGUAAUUAGGUACAGCGAGUCAGAAUGUCAGCAGUUCUCGACCACACACACACACGCACACACACGUAUCAGUCCACUUCUUUGUUAAGUGCAUUUGAGACUGUGUGUGGCAUUUUAUUGAUAUCAGCUGCCUUCCAGCGAAUUUAACUGGUCAAACGAUGUUCUCUUACCUUAUCAUUCAUCAUGGUCGUGCUUUAACUGUCGUUGUUUUGGGUUGUUAAAUCUGUGAUUUAGUUUCACUCUUUGCUAUCACACAACGUAAUGAAACUCUGCACCUACAUUGUAAUUACACUGCUCAGGAUGGGCUAUCUUUAUACCAGAGGGAUGAAGUUCACAAACCAUUACUUCAUUAAAAGUCUGUUUUUAUUUUCAAAA